AUGCUUAGACCUACUAGUGUACCCUAUAAUAUUCUUAUCUACCGCGACCAUCAGCGUGCUAUCUAUAGCGUGGACGAGCAUCUUAAGCGGUACUAUAAGCUACUAAUAGAAGCUAGAAAAGAGCAGCAGCAGCAGCAGCAGGAGCGUGGGCAAGAGAUAGUAGAGGAAGACCAGACAGCGAGCUAUCACCAGCGGCUGGCCUAUCUAUCAUCCAAGUGCGACGCUAUCGAGCACAAGAACCGCGAGGCUAUAGAGCGUAUAGCAGAAGAAGCUAAUGCCAAAGACCGUACUAGCUGGUUCAAGCGGACGCAGUAG